AGCGUCCGGGGCCCCGCCGCUCCCGGCCCCGCCAGCCCGGCCGCGGCUCCCGGCCUCCCUCCCUGCGCCCCGGCUGCGCUCGCUCCGCUCCGCCCGGCAGCGGGGCCGGCCCGUGGCGAGGCGGCGCCGGGACUCUGCCCAGCCCGCAGCGGGAGCGGAGCUCGGCCGGGCCGGGCCCGCUGCAGAAGCCCCGCCCGGGGGGGCCAUGGCCGAGCGGGCCGCUGCCCAGGCUCCAGAAUGGGACUCGGAGUCAAAGCGCCCAAUGCCUUUACAAUCCCGCUCUGACCCCAGACAGACUUCUGAGAGGGAGAGCCAGCUGCAGCCGGCAAAGCUUUCCAUGUGGCCUGCAGUAGCCGCAAUCCAAGCUGUGGACAGGACGGUGGAUUCCCAUGCCACGCGGUUGCUGACUCUGGAGAGGAGAGUGGGAACAGCUGAGAAGAAAUUAGUCGAUUGUGAGAAAACGGUGAUGCAAUUUGAAAGCCAGCUGGAGAGUAAGUGGGCUGCGCUGGGAACUCUGAUCCAGGGGUAUGGACGGCUGCUGAGGAGGCUGGAGAACAUGGAGAACCUGCUGAAGAACAGGAACUUCUGGAUCCUGAGACUCCCCCCAGGCACUAGGGGGGAGGUCCCCAAGGUGCCGGUGACGUUCGAUGAUGUCUCUGUCUAUUUCAACGAGCCGGAGUGGGGGAGUUUAGAGGAAUGGCAGAAGGAGCUUUACAAGAACAUGAUGAAGGGGAAUUAUGAGGCCCUGAUCUCCCUGGACUAUGCCAUCUCCAAACCUGACCACCUAUCCCCGAUUGAACGAGGGGAGGAGCCGGGUAUCUGGGAUCAGGGACGUUCAGAGGAGAGCGAGAUCCCUGCAGACCCCAGCCCAGAACCCCCCAUUUCUGCACCAGACAUUUCACUGUGGAUUAACCAGGAGGAGGAGGAUCCAGGCUGCAGGGGCCAAGGGGGCUCUGGGGAAAACGAAAUCAGUGGAAGCCCCUGCUCGGAGUUUCAGAUUGUCCCCCCCGAUGCCGUGUCCUGGGUUAAACGAGAGGAGGAGCCGUGUGCACAGGAUCGGCCGGUCUCUGCAGAAAGCAGAACCCCUGCAGGCCCCAGCCCUGAAUCUCCUGCUCCAGCGCCUGACCUUUCCCCCUGGGUUAAACCGGAGCCAGAGCCGUGUGUGGGGACUCAGCCGGCUUUGGAGCAAAGGGGGCUCCCUGCAGAGCCCAGCGCAGGUGACGAGAUCCCGCUCCAACUUGCAGAGGAGCAUCGUGCUGAGGAGGGGGGCGAGGGCCCAGGCCCCCCUGGGGCAGUUUGCGCAACAUCCAAAGGGACCGGGGUCCAGAGCGCUGGCGAGGGCCCUGUGGCUCGGCAGAGAGGCGUCCUAGGGAGGUUGGCUCAGGGCAAGAGGGGCAUUGGGGAGCUCAGAGCGGCCGGGGGCCAGCAGAGAGCCAUGAGGGGCGAGCGACCCAUCCCGUGUCCCGAGCGUGGGAAGUGCUUGUGGCAGAAGCAGUCGCUGCUGAGCCCCAAGAGGAGCCAGUUGGCGGAGAAACCCACCAAGUGCAGGGAGUGCGGUGAGAGCGUCGGCCGGAUUCAGUGCUGCCUCCAGCACCAGCAUAUGCCCCCGGGCAAGCUGCCCUUGACCUGCGCCGAGUGCCGGAAGCGCUUCCGCAAGAAGCGGCCCCUGCUCUUUCCCCCGGAGCCGCACCCGGCCGAGCAGCCCUUCUCCUGCCCCAUCUGCGGCAAGGCCUUCAGCCAGCGGGACACGCUCCUGGCUCACCAGAAGACCCACCUCUGAGAGCACAAGUCCGUGUGCGCUGCCUGCAGCAAGGGCUUUGUCACUGAGGAGCACACGCAGAACCAGUGGGCGCCCGCCAUGGGGGGCUGGCCCCACCAGUGCAGGAGGGGCUUCGCUUACCUGUGCCUCCUGGCCAAGCACCAGUGGGUCCCUCCAAGGGCACUCAGUGUGGACGGGGCUUUGCCCACCAGGACAGCCUGGCCCAGCACCAGAGGACUAACGUCUCCUGCAUGAGCCUGCCGAGGGCACCAUGGGGCUGGCAGCGGGGAGCCAGGGCCUCUUGCGCUGCACCGGCCCCUGAGCUGGGCUUGGCAACCCAACCCCCUAAGCGCCCGGUGCCCCAGCUCUCCCCGCUUUGCACUGAGAGCAGUGAGUGCCGUGAGCCCUCCACACCUCUGACUAUCCCCCAGGCAGGGGAUUUGGUGCGUGUGGAAGAUGCCAGGUUAAGCAGGGCUGGACAGUGACGGUCUCCGUCCCCAGAGCAGGCCUGGCACGUGUAGUGACCACACCAGCAUCCCCACCAGGUCCUUCCGUUCAGGGGUGGAUGGGUCGUUCCUAACCACGGAGACUCCGGUGCGGGUCUGGCUCACACGCUCUGCCUGUUGGUAACUGGACGGUCUGACCAACGGGCAUUGUUGGAAAUGGCUGAUGAUAAUGAUGUUUGGCCGGUACUGACCUGGGACCAGGUCACAGGUGUAAAGCGCCAUCCCUUGUGACCAGUCCUCCCUGCUCCCAGCCACUUGGCCACUCCGAAGUCAUUGAGGCAUGAGAUCACGCACAGUGGAGAGCAACCACGUGUGUGCACCGAGUGUGGGAAAAGCUCCCGGUAUGAGCAUCUCCUGGUUACCUGCUGAAAGUCACAGCAAGGUGAGCUCCUCCUCAGGGACGGGCACCUGGGCCUGCAGCAGGGAAUUAAACGUGGGCCCCUCUAUUCCAAAGCAGAACAGGAUUGGUUGCUCAGCUGUUGUGGUUUGACGGUAGAAAUAUCACAGCUGUUACCGGCUCAGAUACAGCCCAGGAAUUUAACUCUCGGCGCUGGGAGAAUCCAGAGGGCGUAGUUCUCCACUGCCUUGCACCCUGUGCAGUCUUUUCCCCCGUGCAAAGUGGGUGCAGAACGCUUCCGGAUCAGCUUGCUGCAGCCUCUCCCUCUGGGCCAGUGUCAAUGAGAGCAGAGGGUGCAAGGCAGUGGGGGGACAGGCCCUGAGUUGCAGUCAUGGAUGGCUCUCCUCCAGUGAAGACAGCUAGGUUGGGAUUUUCAUAACAGCCUUUGGGAAUUAGGUGCUUAAAUUGUAUUCAGAGUCAAUGGGAGCUGGGCACCAAGCUCCCUUAAGGGGCCCGAGGCUUGGAGCUUAACUUGUUUCUAGAACAGGGGUCGGCAACCUGCAGCAUGCAUGCCAAAGGCGGCACGCGAGCUGAUUUUUACUGGCACACUGCUGCCAGCCAGGGUCCAGCCGCCGGCCCCGCUCAGCCUGCUGCCUGCCUGGGCGAACGGAACCCCAAGCCGGCCGCGGGCUGAGCUGGGCCAGCGGCCAGGACCCCAGCUGGCAGGAGCUGGCAGAACCCUAGACUGGCAGCGGGUGAGCCGCUGACUGUCUGGGGUUCUGGCCGCCACCCCACUCAGCCCACUGACCGUCUGGGGUUCUGGCUGCCGGCCCUUUGCUAGCUGGGGUCCUGGCCGCUGGCCCAGCUCAGCCCGCGGCCGGCUUGGGAUACUAGCCGCCCAACCCACUCACCUCGCUGCUGAUCUGGGGUUCCAGCUACCCGGCCCCCUGCCAGCCGGGGUCCUGGCCGCCAGGCCCGCUCAGUCCGCUGCCGGUCUGGGGUUCUGUUGGUGGGGGCCCUGUAAAUGUAAAAUGUAUUACUGGUACACGAAACCUUAAAUUAAUGAAGACUUGGCACACCGCUUCUCAAAGGUUGCUGACCCCUGUUCUAGAACGUUAGGUUUGGAUUGAAACAUAAAUCCUUGAUGCUGCUGGUCCUACUCCACAUUCCUACCUGCUUAAGGGAAGUGGCAACAUACACAGCGAAAUGUCAGAAUAAGCUGGGUUUUUAAAAUUACUUUCAAAACACUGCUUUUGGCUGCCUGUCUUCUCCGAGCUCCACAGCUCAGCCUAUUACCAGCCUGGUGUGGGCUUCUCUUCUGCCUUGGUUCACGCAUCGACAUAUUUAUUCUACAUCACAGAUCCGGGCUGCUGAGGUUUUUCUUUAGUUUCAUUUGAGAGGCUUUGGGCGCAUUUAGGAACUGAUGCUCUGACACCCAAAAUACACUGGGGUUUCCUUUUCAGGAGGAGUCAGGGGAAGAGAAUCCCCUUCCCAUGAUUUCCAGGAACAAAAGGCUGCAGUAAACCUGUCUGCUCCAGAAACAUGUAAAGAGCAGCUUGGUAGAAAUGGGGGUUUUCUAAAGUCUGUAAAUAAAAUUGCACAAGCUAA